UUCGCAUAUCUAUGCCCAUAAAACUGCCAAAGCGAGACAAGGGAACUCAAGCAAAACAACAGUACCAAGCAACCAUGGCUUGUGAAGAACCAUCGAAGAUAGUCAACAUACCCUCGAUUGUGCAAGAGCUGGUGACUUGCGUACAGGAGCCACCAAGCCAGUAUGUGGUUCCUGAGCAAAACCGCCCCGACAUGGCCUGUUCCGAGAUGCCAGAUCCGAUCCCAAUCAUUGACCUCAGCCGUCUGCCUGCCCCUGGGAACAGCUCUGAUGAGGUUGCCAAGAUGCAGUCCGCCUUGGAGAACUGGGGCCUCUUCCUGGCUGUUGGACAUGGAAUAAAGCCAAGUUUUCUUGGUGAGGUGAUGAAAGUGACGAGAGAAUUUUACAAACUCCCACAAGAAGAGAAGCAGAAGUACUCAAACUUGGUUGAUGGCCAGGAGUUCCGUAUGGAAGGAUACGGGAACGACAUAGUCGUAUCAGAGAAGCAGACCCUGGACUGGAGUGACCGGCUGUACCUCGUAGUGGAACCAGAGUCCCGGAGAAUCUAUAGCAUGUGGCCCGCGCAUCCUCCUUCUUUCAGAGAUAUUCUGUGCGAGUACACAGUCAGGUGCAGGGAGAUUGCCAGCCUUGUCCUCAGGCACCUGGCCAAGAUGCUCAAUUUACAUGAGGACUACUUUGUCGAAAUGAUUGAAGAGGAUGCCGUCACAUAUGCGAGAUUCAACUACUACCCUCCCUGUCCCAAGCCGGACCAAGUCUUAGGCCUGAAGCCCCACACUGAUGCCACGGUGAUAACAGUUGUCUUCAUUGACGAUAACGUCAGUGGGCUCCAGGUGGAGAAAAAUGGCGUUUGGUACAAAGUUCCAAUAGUUCCGAAUGCAUUACUUGUGAACACAGGAGAUGCAAUGGAGAUACUUAGCAAUGGGUUCUUCAAGAGCCCGGUUCACAGGGCCGUGACCAAUGCAGAGCAAGAUCGGGUGUCGUUGGUUAUGUUCUACACGGCGGACCCAGAGAGCGAACUUGAGCCAGUGCCGGAGCUGGUGGAUAAGAAGAGGCCAGCGCAGUACAGGAAGAUAAAGACCAAGGAUUACCUAAGAAAACUCUUUGAAACUUUUGCGGAAGGGACACUAGUCAUCGACACAAUGAAGAUCUGAAUGUGAUUCUGAAGUGCAAAAGAUUGAUUCGGAGUGUGGUGAUUUUUUUUCCAACAAUCUGUCUUUUCUUGUAGAAUUGGUGUAUGUUUCAACUAUCUGAUCAGAAUGUGCUAUAUAUGGACACUUUUGUGUGAUUGUAUGCCUUUUGCAGGCCACAUCAUACCUCUUUUAGUUCAAGUUUUAUCCCCUUGAUCUACAUUACCUUGUACUGUAUCAGGUUUCUGCUUCAAA